UCCUGGUUCUAGACAAGAACAUUGCAAUACUGCCAUGGGAAGAAGUGUUGAGAGGGCAAUUCCCGUGUCUGGUUUGGUGCCUGGGGAAAAGCCUAACCAGUGUGUCAUCUUCCCGGUUAGUACCAGUAUGGUUGCUGAAGCACUGGAAAGAACAAAUCAGAGCUGGAUUGUUAGGACAAAAGCUGCGAGCGAUCUGAUUGUGCUGAUUGAUGGUUCAAGCUUUCACUUGCACAAGCUACCGAUGGUCUCAAGAAGUGGAUAUCUAAAUAGAAUUGUGUUCCAGAGAACAAGCAAUAUGGAGAAAAGAACCAGCACCUGUAUCCAGAUAGAUGAUCUUCCGGGUGGACCUGAAGUUUUUGAAUUGGUGGUAAAAUUCUGUUAUGGAUGGAAGGUUGAGGUAGUAGCAUCCAAUGUUGCUCCACUACUCUGUGCUGCAAGUUUCUUGGAGAUGAGUGAUGAUCUUGAACCAGGAAAUCUCAUCUCCAAAACUGAAUCUUUUCUUAGCUUUGUAAUACUUACAUCUUGGAAAGAAACAUUUCAGAUCUUCAAGAGUUGCGAGUCCAUAUCUUCAUGGGCUAAAGAUUUGCAGAUCUUGAAACGAUGCUCAGAAGCUGUUGCUUGGAAGGCCUGCAUAAAUCCCAAAACAUUUCACUUUGAAGACAAUAAUGCACAAUGUUUAAACUUUCUCGUGGAUAAUAAUAGCAAAGCAAAAGUUGAAGAUAUAGCUGAUAACUGGUGGUUUGAAGAUGUUUCAGCCCUCCGAAUAGAUCAUUUCAUCGAAGUGAUUGAAUUGAUUAAGACUAAAGGGAUGAAAUCAGGGCUGGUAGGAUCCUGUAUAGCUCACUGGACCUCAAACUGGCUUUCAAGAAUCACUGUAGGAAUUGACAACCAGACUCCCAUGCAUAUGAGACAACAGUUGCUAAGAGUUACAACUGAAAGUUUGAUAAGGAUUCUGCCAGCAGAAGAAAAUUCUGUUUCUUGCAACUUUCUACUGUAUCUUUUUAAAUUGGGUUUAAUGAUGAACGUGAAUUGUCAACUGUUGAAUAAGCUGGAGAAAAGACUAUCUUUCCUGCUGGAAAAAUGUCGUGUUCCAGAUCUCUUGGUUAAGAAUCAUGGAGAAAAUGAUAGUGUGUAUGAUGUGGAAAUCAUCAUCAAGGUUGUGAAAUCUUAUGCUUCUUCUGUCUUGGGAAAUUCUGAAUCAAGAAUAUUUGCAGUUGGAAAAUUGGUGGAUGGAUUUUUAACCCUAGUUGCCAGGGAUAAGAAUCUUACAAUUCAAAACUUCCACUCACUAAUAGAAGCAUUGCCUAGAAGAGCUCGCCAUUGCCAUGAUAAACUUUACAGAGCAAUAGACAUGUAUCUGAAGGCGCAUCCUAACUUAACAGAAGAAGAAAGAACAAGUGCGACUAGAGCCAUGGAAUAUCAUAAACUAUCACAAGAAGCACGCCAGCAUGCGAUGAUCAACAACCGGCUACCCUUAAAAACUACGAUACAAUUUACCCUUCUUGAACAAUUAAAUAUGACAAAUUCAAUGACAGCUGCAGGAUUAAACUACAGAAGAACAACGACUCAGACAAAUACAAAAGCAAGUGGAGGUUCUGAGAAGGGAUGGACAGCGCCACAGCAUGAGAUCAGGGUGAUGAAAAAAGAAGUUGAGACAAUGAAGAUUCAACUCAAUAAAUUGCAAACGUGUAAACGAGAGAUCCAGAGACAAGCAAGGAGAUGCAUCACAGACAAAAUGAAGCUUGGUAAAAUUGAACCAGUGUAAGCUUUAUUUCAGUGUGGUUUGAAUCUGUUUUGGCAUUUGUUUCUGAUGGAGUGAAAUGUAACAUUUUCGCACUUAUACCUAUCCUACUCUUCUGAUACUAACACUAUGAGCAGUGCCUUAAAUAAUGAUACUAGUUUUUGCCA